GAAAAAAGGUCGGAGGUGAGUAAUUUACCGCGAGAACAUUCCUGACGUAGGCAAUUGUAUCCGUGCUGGAUGACGCCUCUCCCUUUUCUCUCCACCUCCCUCCCACACUCUCUCAUUAUUCCUCAGGCCACUUUGUAGUCUCGCCUUUGCGCGUCUCUUUUGCUUCUCUCACCUUACUGUUUCACCCGUCACGGGACGGAAACGUUCCCGUUAGUCCUCGGUUUCCAGUUGAACACUGGCCAUUUCGCGCCUGAUAUUUUACAUCGCUUCCCACGUUUCUACCCUCUUCGGCGCGUUCUUUGGCGGCACCUGUCGUCAAAUGAACCUGCAACUUUACCACGACCCGAGAAUAAUAUCUCACCCUUCCCAUUCGAAGGGUCCAUCCAUAUCCUAAAUGGUCUUUAAGAGCUUCACCCUCGCCCGCCAGACUAUCUCCAAAGGCUUUACUCACGGAUACGCCCAAUCCGUCGUCGCCGGUGUCUCGCAGAACAACCCCCUCGCCUCGUUUCACCAUGACCGCUUCCGCAAGCCUGGCGUUAAGCAAAACCAACAUGCCUUUGCUUCGACUUCGACCUCAAGCGCCGUAAAGCAGGCGCUUGCCCAUAGUGAUCAGCAAGAUUCGGGCCUUGCGGCUUACUAUGCCGCAUGGCAGAAGCAUCGCAUCGAUGAGAAGGACUGGUCGCAGUUCCAGUUCCGCAAGCGCAUUGAGUGGAAGCCUCAACCCGUGGCUGCAAAGAACGAAGUACCAGUCGACGAUACGAGUGCGAUUGCUGAUGGAGAUGCGGAACCCACGGUGCCGGCGCGUGCCGGCUUCAACCGCGCCUACAGCACGAGCCAGGUGGAGGAGAUGAAGAAGUCUGUGACAGACGAGCAGGUCGAGUCAAUCGCGCUUUCCCAGGUUGAGGAAGCAAUCGCGCAGGAGAAGGCAAAGAUCCAGGCUGCUUUCGUGGAGAGAGUCACGCAGGCCUUGUCACCAGUCGAAGAGGCGCGUUCCGAGUCACCUGCCACGGUUUCCGAUACGUUGGUCGAAUCGAGCUUGUUGAGCCGCAGCAACAGCAGUGUCGUCACCAAGGUCCCUGAACAUGUCGAUGAGCGGCAAUUCGAGGAAAUCCCGGCUCCAUCAGUCUCCUCGUCCAAGCAUCAGAUCGUACCGAAGGCGCUCGAUGUGUACUCAGAUAUGCUUAGGCGUAGGUUGCUCUCGAAGAGGUCACUGGAGGUUGUUUCCAUGAAACAGAGCCUUGAAGAGAAACGGUUGAGAUAUGGCGGCAUGGAAGAGGAAGGGAAGUUCAUGCUUCACUCGAACGAGACAGAGAUGGCGAUCUUGUCGGAGGACAGUUCUCUCAGGAUUGCUGUGAAGCUCUUCAAAUCUGCCAUUUCUAACCAAUCCGGUUCCACCUUCUCGGACAACACGUAUCGCCUCCUGGUCACGGCAUGUGCGGAGAGCGACUGCGUGGAAGAUAUGGUACAGAUUUAUGCGCAUAUGGAGAAGACGAAAGUUACUCCGGCUGCCGACAUGUUCGUACCAAUGAUCCACGCCUUCGGGAAGUCGGGAGAUCUCAAGAGCGCUGUCGAGUGCUAUGACGAGUACAAGGCCCUUGCUAUCUCCAACGACAAUGGAGAUGUCAGCCUCGCACGGAAGGACAACGAUGUCUAUGCGGCCCUCAUUAGGGCGUACGCCAUCUGCGGCAGAUUCGAGGGAGGAUGGAAAUUCCUUUCGAAGAUCGAGCAGGCACUCUCGGCUCCUGAGGACGUCAUACGUGUGCGGGACAUCGUCACCCUAAAAGCCUUCAUCCCGGAAUGGUUGAAGAACGGAUCAUUCAAGGAAGCUUUUGUGCACGCUACCGAAAUUCUCAACCCCCAGGCGCGAGGAGAUGCGAUGGCUGCUAUUUGCGUGAAGGCUGCGGACGAUAAUGUCAUGGACAUUGCGACCCAGGCGUUCGAGGCGAUACCUGCGGAGGCUGAUCUUGCUCGUCCAGCCAUGGCGAUGGGAGCCAUGCACAUCCGCAACGGCGAUAUCGAGUCGGCUGAGAUCUUCUGGAGGAUGCUGGAGCUGUCCCCGACCAAGCCUGACUUCAUCGAACCUACUGCAAUGCAUAGCAUUGCUCUCAUUGGCAGUGGCCAGGCUGAGCGUGGUCUCCGUCAGGGCCGUCAGAUGUUUGCCCGCAUUAGGGAUUCACAGAGUGAUUCACACCACGCUAAGAUGGAGGUUGUCGAGCACAUUGAUGAAGCCAUCGAGGUCAUUGGUCAGUUCAUGAUGAAGCGCGGUAUCGUCCUGCCUGGACGUGCUGCUAUGGAGCUCUUGUGGUCAAUGAUCGAGAAUGGCGGUCUCGUCACUUCGGUCGCGCAUCACCUCCUGGUUGGCAUGGGCCCUGAGGCCAUUGCUCAGCUCAGCUUCCCGGAUCUCUCUCUACUCAUGCAGGUUCAGUCAGGCAUGAUUCUGAACGGCGCGAGUGGAGAUGUCGGACAUGUUGCUCGAUUCGCUCAUAUUCUGGAAGUUAUCACUUCUACUGGUCUGGCCGUCAACAAGACAACAUCAGCCCUCGUCGAGCAAGUCCUUGCCAAACUGAACCGUGGCGAUCUUCAACACCAAUGGUACAAGUACAAGCACCCUGCUCCUGAGUCGAUGUAUUCCCCUGCCACCCCCUUCACCCCUUACCCGGUCCAACCUGUCCCUCCAUCACCUGCGCACCCCGUCCACGCUGUUGCUCCCCCGACUGCGCAUACCUUCGAAGACACGUACGACCCUUAUGCCGCAACAACCGACAACAAGGGCUCAGUAGCCAUCACUGAGCUCCUUGAGAAGACCCACGGUCGAUCAGCUUCUCAUCUCAACGAGGCUCUGCAGAAGUUCAGGAAUAUGCGCAGAGCCGGCCGCCACCCUCGAUUCUUCACCUAUGCAAAGCUCAUCACCGCUGCUGCUAAGGAGGACCGUUUAAACCUUGCCCAUGAUAUUCUCAACCUGGCCAAACAGGACGUUCCCCUUCUGCCACAGUAUCGCAUUGUCCGGUACGGCUGGGUGACUAUCCUCGACGCCAUGGUUGCAGCUUGUCUUACUACCGGUCAACGGGACCUCGCCGCUCGAUACCACCAGGAUCUCCUCGAUAUGGGCGCCGCUCCUACUGCCAACACUUUCGGAUUGUACAUUACCACUCUCAAAGAAUCCACCAAGACGUUCGAUGAGGCGACCGAAGCCGUCAAAAUCUUCCACCGCGCCAAAGCCGAAGGCGUCGAGCCCUCCUCCUUCCUGUACAACGCGCUCAUUGGCAAACUCGGCAAAGCCCGCCGCAUCGACGACUGCCUUUUCUACUUCUCCGAGAUGCGCAACCUGGGCAUCCGUCCCACGAGCGUCACCUACGGCACCAUCGUCAACGCGCUGUGUCGCGUCAGCGACGAGAAGUUCGCCGAGGAACUGUUCGAGGAAAUGGAGAGUAUGCCGAACUACAAGCCGAGGCCGGCGCCGUAUCAUAGCAUGAUGCAGUUCUUCCUGACAACCAAGCGGGAUCGGAGCAAGGUGCUCGCGUACUACGAGCGCAUGCGAUCGAAACGGAUCGAGCCGACGACUCAUACCUACAAGCUGCUCAUCGAUACGUACGCCACGCUCGAGCCGGUCGACAUGGAGGCUGCGGAGGGCGUUCUCGAGCAGAUCCGUGUAGCUGGCGCCAUCCCCGAAGCUGUCCACUACUCGUCCCUCAUCCACGCCAAGGGCUGCGUCCUCCACGACAUGGAGGGUGCGAGGAAGCUCUUCGACACUGUCCUGUCCGACGCGCGCAUCCGCCCCCAGGCCUGCCUGUACCAAGCCCUCUUCGAAGCCAUGGUCGCCAACCACCAAAUCGCCGACACCGAACCCGUCCUCGCCGAAAUGAAAUCCCGCGGCGUGGAGAUGACGCCGUACAUUGCCAACUCGCUCAUCCACGGCUGGGCGCUCGUGCACGACAUUGGCAAGGCACGAGCGAUUUACGAUGCCGUGCCCGAGGAGAGGCGCGAGCCGAGUACGUACGAGGCCAUGACGAGGGCCUACUUGGCUGUCGAGGAUCGCGCGGGGGCCAUGGGCGUGGUGAACGAAGGGUUGGCCAGGGGGUACCCGGCGGCGGUGGCGGGCAAGAUUUUGGAGUUGGUGGGCGGUGGGAGGGCUGGGCACACCUUUCCUUCUGUUGGGAGGCGUCUAUAA